AUGGAUAUUUUUCCUCUUUUUCUUCCGGCCGUUAUUUGUUGUGAUGCCAUAAAUGAAUCUUUGCCCGUUGCUUCACCGUCUAAACCCGGUUAUUUACAUGAUGUUAGCACUGCUCUGCGUCAACGGCACGCCGUGCCGCACCAGUUCCCCUUUUUUCUUUGCUUCUUCGCUUUGAACUAUUUAUUUCUGUUUGUUCGGAUUGCAACUGUUAGUAGUCUUUUGGAUUUGAGAGGAAAGGGGGGGGGGACAAUCAGCGGCAGAGUGGAAGAAGAGGUAAAAACAUAUUUAGGCAUCAACGGCAACACCUACACUAACACUAAAAGGUGUGCUUGUGCGUGUCCGUGUGUGUGGACUCCAAUGAGUGGUGACAGCGAGCCACCGCCACAGCUUCCGGUUGGAGACCAUGGUUACCUCGCCUGCCGCCGGUGCCGCUUAAUUAUCACAGAGCAGCAGUUUCUUCAUGAGGGCUGUCAGGUAUGCGGGACGGGGCCGGUCAGUCGUGAGGAGCUUUUGGAUGUCGCCACGGCGGAGUUCUCGAAUUUUAUAGGUCUCAUUGCGCCGGAGAAGUCGUGGGUUGGUCGGCUAAUCAACCGAACAAACUGCCCGAACGGAGUGUUUGCCACUGAGUUGUGCGAUGAAGACGAAAGCGGUGAGGAGGAGGAGGAGGUUGAAGAAAACGACGUAUAUGAUGAGGAUGAGGAUGGUGACAGUGGAAAUGAUGUUGACAAUACUAAUGGUGAUGGGAUGCCUGGCGGGGAUAAACUAGGACCAGUCAUGACGGACGAGGAACUGCUGUUGGCGAUGAGUGGUGCAUGA